CUUUAUUACGUGACGAAAUGUAUUAUUUUUUAUAUUUUUUUUGUACAUAUUUGCAACGAGUACGAGUUUGAUGAUAGUGGUUGAUAGAUUUUGUACGUAGAAAGUUAAAUUCAGUUAAAUUGACUUGUGCUCACUGCUCAGUGUUGUACAGUCACUAGUCGUAGUUCACUACCGCUGUUCGUUAACGUUAACAGUAAUUUCAUAAAUAUUGUUUAUUUAUAUCUAAACUUGAACUUGUUGAUAAUUUUAUAAGUUUAUUAUUAUUCAAACAAUUUUGAAUAAUAUUUACGCAAUAAUUGUUUAGUGUGUCAUCAUUUGAAUAAAAUACUAAUCGUUGAUUGACUAAUUGUAAAUAACAUUAAAGAUGGAUCAUAGUCACCAUGAUAUGCACGACAUGCACAACAUGCACAAUAUGAAUAUGAAUGAAUCUGAUGGAAUGAGCCAUGAUCAUAGUGGACAUCAUGAUCACAGUGCUCAUGAUCACAGUGCUCAUGAUCAUGGUUCCAGUAUGGAUACAACAACAAUGGUAUCAUCAGCAAUGAACAUGGUGAUGAAUCAUACUGUUCAUGCUGCUGCCUCUAGCCAUGGUAGCCAUGGUGGUAGUAUGCAUGGUGGUGGUAUGCAUGGAAUGUCGAUGUCUUUUCAUGGAGGUUUUACUGAGACAAUAUUAUUUGAUUGUUGGAAAAUAUCAACAGUCAGUGGUCUUAUUGGAUCAAUGAUUGGCAUAAUGAUUAUGGCUGCAUUGUAUGAGGGUCUUAAAUAUUAUCGAGAAUAUUUAUUUUGGAAAACAUAUAAUUCACUUCAAUACAGAAGUGUAUCAAUGCCACGUCAAAAAAAUGUUGUUGCUGAAGAUAAUCGUGUUGUACAAAUGGUCGGGGAAGUUAUCCAUAAACAACCACCAACGAUGCUGUCUUGGAUGCACACCUUCCAGACUCUUCUCCAUAUAAUACAAAUUGUCCUUUCGUACUUUCUCAUGCUCAUCUUUAUGACAUUCAAUUAUUGGCUUGGUUUAGCUGUUGUUCUUGGUGGUGCAAUUGGUUACUUUUUAUUUGGCUGGAAAAAAUCAGUUAUUGUUGAUGUUACUGAACACUGUCACUGAGCAUCACCAUUAUCAUCAUCAUCAUUUAAUUGUACUUGUGCUGAAAAAUUGGUUGAUGAUAAUCAAUAAUACGUAAAUAUAUUAUUUUAAAGUUUAAUUUUUAUUAUUAUUAUUACUGUUACUAUUUGUUCUGGCUGGUUUAGACAAAAAACAAAAAUCUACCGUAAGCUGUUGAUAAGUUGAUCAAUUGGUAAAUUUUAAUUCAAAUAUAAUAGUAAUAAUAAUGAUGAUGAUGAUGCUUUGUUAUUAUUAACUAAAGAAAACUAUGUUGUUCACAUAAUGGUGCCUCAGUUGCUAACGCACUAAAAAAUAUAUUUUUUUAAUAAUAACAACAAGUUAUUUAUUUGAAAAAAAAUAAAAACAAAAUGAACCUGUUUAAAAUUUUACCUCCAGUAUUUUUAAAACAAUGUGACAUGAAAUAUUUUUUUUGCCAGUGCGAUAUUUAAUAUAUUAAAUGCGAGGAUCUGAAUCUUACAAAAUUACUAAACUUAUAAUAAUUGAUUUUUAAAGUAAAAAAAAAAAAAUUGUAAAUAAUGUUAAAAUGCAACUUAAAAGAAAAAUACUAUAUUUUAGGUAUUUGUACAACUAAUUUUGUGAAUAUACAUGGAUUUUUUAAAUAUUUAAAAUAAAUUGAUAAAAAAACAAAUAAUAUUUGUAGAUAAGUAGACAAUUUUAUAGAUUAUAAUGCUAAUAAUUUAUCAUUAUCAUUAAACUAACAAAACAAAUCAUUAUAAAUAUCCAGAAUUUGACAAUAAAAUUACUUAUUGAUAAUAAAAAAAAAAUAUCCAAAAUAUCAUUUAUCUAUUUUCUCAUUAUUAUUUCCAUCCACAUAAUAAUUUUAAUAAAUUUACAUCAACUAUAAAAACAGGAAAAGAUUUGACAAAUAAUAUUGCGCGUUAUUCUUUAAAUUGGUUAUUAUUUCAAAUAGAAAAACGCGUGAUUAGUCAUGACGAUUACGAUGACUCGCUGGAUAUUUUUUAUUUAACUAAUCAUAAUUUUUCAUAUCAUUUUUCAUCUAAUAAGGAAAAUGAAAAAUAGCUAUCAACCUAUCACCCAAUCAACACGUUGACAUUGACAAUAACAAGCAAUUUAGAUAAGUAUACUUAUAACUAUAAUAAAAAUCAUCAUCAAGUAGACAUUCAAUCUAAUCAACACAAUUUUAUUUUUAUUUUUAUACUUUGAGCAUUUUAACGUUCAUAAAUUAAUACCUUACUAUUAUUAUUAUCAUUUUAUCAAGAAGACAACAUAUCUAAUAGAUAAAUAAAUCUCGAUGCGUUGUAUUUUUCUAUCUAUUUAAAUAAAUCUAACUAGUUCUAGAUUAGUUAGUAUUGCUUUUAACAUAUGUGGCACAUUGCAAUUGAUUUUAUGAUAUAAUACAAUUUCGUUUCUAUAAUUUUUUAAAUUUUAAACAAUUUUUUACAAGCUGUGCAUUAAUUUAAAAAUAUUAUUGUUUUUAAAUUAUCUAAUUAAAUAAUUGUACUAUUAUUACUAUUAUUAUUAACGUAAUAUCAAGUCAACAACUUGAUUCUAUUAUUAAUUCUCUUAAUGUCCAUGUGUGUGCCACAUUAACACAAACAAAUAAAAAAUAUAUUUAUAUUAAUUAAACCAAAUGGUUGAUUGAAAAAGAAAAUAAAAUGAUUUGUUUAAUUGCCUCAUACAUAUGGAUCACUUGGCUUGUUAAUGAAAUUAAUUAUAAUUUUUCACACUUUGGUCUUACUCAUCACAUAAAGACUUUUUAAAUACUUUGAUAAUUUUUAACGAUCAAGAUUGUCCAUUACAAAUCACCCAGCUACAUUAAAUAUAUUUUUUUUCUAAUUGUAAAUUAUAUUUUGUAUUUAUCUAGAUAGAAAAUAUAAUAAUUUUACAUGAAAUAUGUUAAUGUUUGUAUCACUUGCAGUAAAAUAAUAAUGGUUUUAAAAAAAAUAAAAGAAAAAUUUAAUUAUCAGAA